AUGGCAGACUCUACCUGGAUUUUUACUGUUUUUCUGAUACUUUUUCACUUGGUUUCAUGUCAAUUCAAUGGUGUUCCGAUAUCUGGAAAUAGUGGUCUCCCUCCGAAACCUCCCGCUGAAACGUCGAAUACUACUGUAGAUGUUCAAAUUAAUACUGGAAACGUGACUGCAACAGUUCGAGGACUUCAAUUUUCUUAUGGUAAAUCAUAUCGAGGAAUCCCAUACGCACAGCCUCCGAUUGGGAGAUUGAGAUUCGAUUAUGCUCAAAGAAAAGAUCCAUCUGGAAUUGUGAAAGCAUUGGAAUACGGUGCAGCCUGUAGUCAGAAACCAAUGAAAAUGGAUUUUGAAGGAAAAAAAUCAUCUGAAGAUUGUCUUUUUAUUAAUAAUGUAACAAAAGAUUCGCAACUUCCAGUUUACAUGUUUUAUCAUUACGGAGGACAUGUCGGAGGAAAUGGGAAUUUGGAUGAAGGAAUAUUCCCAAAUUUAGUGAAUCGAGGCCCAAUUAUAAUGGUUUCAAUGAAUUAUCGGGUUGGUCCAUUCGGCUUUUUCACAACACGAGAUUCUACGGCUUCUGGAAAUUGGGCAACAUCUGAUUGGAUUGAAUCACUUAAUUGGGUCAAUAGAUACAUUUCAUUUUUUGGUGGAGACCCGAAAAGAAUCACAAUUGGAGGUCAGAGUGCGGGUGCCGAGUCAGUGUCUGCAAUCACAAUGACUCCGCUUUCGAAAUUAUUGUACAAUCAAGUGAUACAGGAAUCUGGAAGUGUAUUUGAUGCAACAAUUAUGUCAUACUCGGAGAAAACGAGAAAUUCAAGUGAAUAUUUGACAAUCGCAUUGAAUUGUUCCAGUAAAAAACAAUGGGAAGAUAGGAAUAUGUUCACGACAAUUCUUGCAUGCCUCCGAAAUAGGACAUCUUCUGAAAUAAUGACAGCUGAUGACAGUCUUCCCGAUCAUCGUUCGAAAUGGUCACUGGUUGAAGAUGAUAAAUAUUUCCGAGAAUCAUUAGAAUCCCUAGCAAUGAAAAGGGACAAAUCGAUAAAAGUAUUGAUUGGAAAUGUAAAUUCGGAGUGGAUAUUUUUUGAAGAUCGUAGUUAUAUGACAACAAAUGUGAAUAAUUCAAGAAAUACUGCAUCGAGAAUUGAGAAAGAUUUGGCUGCAAGCUACGAAAUAAGCUACUACAGUAAUCCGAAACAAGUUUUAUCUGCGGCUGAAAAUGCGUUAAUUAACAGAAAUGGAAUAUCUGAAAAUGAUCAUGUUGGCUGGGAAGCGAAAAGACUUCAGUUAUGGAGUGAAAUGGUAUUCAUUGGACCAGUUCUUCGUGAUGCUUCAUUCUAUCGAACAACUGGAAAUACAGUUUAUUUAUAUUCUUUAGACUGGUUGAGUUCAAAUGCUUUAUUAGAUGUAACCGAGAGAAGACUUCGUGGAGUAUCACAUGGAACUGAGCUCUCUUAUCUCUUUGAAACUUCUUGUCAGUUCUAUAAUUGUACUUCCGGAGAUAACCUCCUUCGACAAUAUAUCUCUACUACAUGGGUUAAUUUCAUCAAACUCGGAAAUCCGACACCUUCUGGAAGUUCCCUUCCAUUCCGAUGGCUUCCAAUGAACAGGUCAAAUCGAUUUUUAAGUUUUUCUCCAACUCCAAAAAUGGAAUCAAAUUAUCAUUCGAAUUCUAGUUUUUGGGCAUGUAUUGCUCCACAACUUGACGGUUAUAACGGUCCAUUUUGUUAA